GAGCGUGCAGACAUGGUGGACAUGCUUUGGCAUACCUGAGAAUCAAAGGUGCCUGGGAUGGUGGGCAGGAAAACAUAUCAGCUCUGUGAAAGGGCAUGAUGCCAUGUGUUCUCUAUGGACAUGGGGUUGAAACUGAGGUCAGAGUGGUCUCAGGCCUGUGUGAGGAAGAGUAGGAGCUGAGUUGAGAAAUGUACGCCAGAUAGUUGUGGCAGCCGUGAUGAGGUUCUCCUGGGCUGUCAUCCAUUUAGCUAUAGAUAGCAAACCCAAAGCUCCUUAGAGAGAAACCUCUUACCAGCCACUUUCCACAAAUGGUACAUACACCUAAAGGUACUUAGUGAAAAUCCUUGAGAGGUAUUUAAUGCUAAAGUAGUCGGUCUCCCUAACAUGUGUUUGUAGCCUGCACUUACACUCAAGCAGUGGCGCAGGGAAAGCCAUACCAAGGCAGCCACCCCAAGGCAAGCCAGUGUUCUUGCCCCAGUGAGGCUCUGCCACCCUAGUACAUCGCCAAGAUGUGUGACAUGGGGGGACUGGAUAACUUGAUCGCCAACACAGCAUACCUUGAGGCCAGGAAAAGCGGAGAUGUGGAUGCCAAGGAGAUGCAAAAAAGACGCCGGAACCUAGCUCUGCCCAAGAUUGAGGAAUGUGCGGAGAUCAAAAAGUCUAUGACUAUGGAUUACGAGCUCAUUUGUGAGCAGCAGCCCAUUGGCAAGAAUUUUUUCCGGGAAUUCUUGGAAACGGUGCCUGACUACCUGACAGCCAGAGAGUUUUUGGACGAAGUGGUUGCUUGGGAGCUGGCAGAGGAGCACAUCAAGGACAGCUACCUAGAAGGCAUAGUCAACAUGUACUUGAAGAAUUGCAGCAACAGCUAUCUGAAAUUUCUCAGUGCAGAUUUGUCAAACAAGUGCCAGGCAGCUGGCAAGGAUGAUCUUGAAAAAGUCACGUUAUCAGCCAGGGAAGAGACAAAUGCCUAUCUCAAGGGGAAACCCUUUGAUGACUUCCAGACUAGCCCAUUCUUUGAUAAGUUUGUGCAAUGGAAAGGCUUUGAGCGCCAACCUAUAAACGAGAAGCUAUUUGACGAAUUCCGAGUACUAGGCAAAGGAGGCUUUGGAGAGGUUUGUGCCAUUCAGGUGAGAAAUACUGGCAAGAUGUAUGCCUGCAAGAAACUGGACAAAAAACGACUAAAGAAAAAAGGUGGCGAAAAGAUGGCUCUGUUAGAGAAGGAGAUCCUUGAGAAAGUCAACAGCCGUUUCAUUGUCACACUGUCCUAUGCCUAUCAGAGCAAAGCCGCCCUGUGUCUUGUCAUGAGCCUGAUGAAUGGUGGGGAUCUUAAAUAUCACAUUUACAAUGUGGGCGAAAGAGGCUUGGAAAUGGAUAGGGUCAUCUUCUACUCGGCUCAGAUCACCUGUGGGAUGCUGCACCUUCACUCCAUCAAAAUUGUCUACAGGGACAUGAAGCCUGAAAAUGUCCUCCUGGAUGAUAAUGGCCACUGCCGAUUGUCUGAUCUUGGCUUGGCGGUGGAAGUCAAGGAAGGCAAGUCCAUAAACCAGAGGGCUGGAACUAAUGGAUACAUGGCUCCUGAAAUCCUAAAUGAAGAGAAUUACACCUACUCAGUGGACUGGUUUGCUAUGGGAUGUAGUAUUUAUGAGAUGGUUGCUGGUCGAACUCCAUUCAAGGAUUUCAAAGAGAAAGUCGAUAAAAGUGAAGUUAAAAGAAGAACUAUAGAAGAUGAGGUGAAGUUUGAGCACGCUAACUUUGAUGAGCCAACAAAAGAUAUCUGUAAAGCGUUCUUGGCAAAGAAACCAGCUGAUCGUUUGGGAAGCAGGAGUGAUGAUGAUGAUCCCAGGAAGCAUGCUUUCUUCAAAUCAAUAAACUUCCACAGGCUGGAGGCAGGCCUUAUAGAUCCCCCCUUUGUGCCAGAUCCCAGCGUUGUCUAUGCCAAAGAUGUUGCAGACAUUGCCGACUUCUCUGAAGUCCGGGGGAUAGAGUUUGAUGACAAAGACAAGAAAUUCUUCAAGAAAUUUGCAACAGGUGCUAUCCCAAUACCUUGGCAAGAAGAAGUCAUUGAAACAGGACUGUUUGAAGACCUGAACAAUCCCCACAGAUUAGUUGCUGACUCGAAAUCUGGAGUUUGUUUGUUGUUAUAAAUAUUGCACCAGAAAUAUAAGGGUGGGAAUGCACCAUUGAACCUUCCAUUAUUUCAAAGACUCUAAGGUGUGUAGCAAGAACUCAUUGUCGUCAUAAAGGCAAGCUGAAUAAACUGUUCUCUUCCAUUUUGGUAUUUAAUUGGAAAUUUUCAAUGAAGAAUGAGGAUUAUUUUAAGAUAGCAUGAUGACUCAACAACUCAUGGUGAUUUCUGGAUAAAAUACACAAAAUACACAAAAUCAUUUGGAUAUAUAUUUUCCUCCCUUGAGACUGCUUCUGCUUUGUUAGGUUUCAGUAGUGAUACAUCUAAGUUAUUUACGAAAAAGACUUCUCACUGGAGUGACACAGUGUGUCUAAACUGAUUGCAGUUAAGUAGGAAACUCAAUAAAAAUGUAUAUAGGCUAUGCUUCUCCAUUUAUUAAGUAUUAAAACAAUAGUCAACAUAUUUUUGCUACUGAUUGCAACUUCCUAUCAGAUUUCCUGAUAGUAUCUUUUCACUCUGAUGAAAGCUGUAGUUUAAAUUAAACUACAAAAUGAAUCACACCAGUUUGUAACUGGUCUUUAAAGAGAGAACAAUAUAAAUGCAAUAGGAAUGUUUAUUCAGCAAGCAAUGGGAUUAAAAGAAAUGGUUAAUUGUUUUUACAAGUGCUUUUAAUGUUGGAAACUAAUGUAUAUAACGUGUCUAGUUUAAAUGUGUACUACUUCUGGUUCUUUUACAAAGCUUUGUAAAUCUCUCACUUUGACAUUUCUUUUUUGUGUGUGAGGGUGUUCUGAGGCUGGUUAACUUAGGCUGGCAAAUCUUAGAUAAAAAUGUCUACUUAUUGGGGGGGCGUUCUUCAACAGCAGAAGUUCAUUUAUGCAAGUUAUGGUCCCACCCUGAAUUCUCAGGUGAAAUUAUUUCUGUGGCCCUGCAGAAAUGGAUAAAUUUAAAACCGAACAUGCAAUUGAACACUUGGGGAGGUUUAUGAUUGGAGAAAAUCUCAAAACAGAUGGCACCAAAUU